AUGGGGUCUGAAUCUGGCUGCAGGUUUCCAGGCUUUUUGAUCUUUUUCAUGUUCACAUGGCUUCUUUUCGCGUCAUUAUCUCAAGCACGAGAGUUUUACGUUGGUGGCAAAGAUGGUUGGGUAACGAAGCCUUCAGAAGACUACCAUCACUGGGCUCAAAGAAUGAGGUUUCAAGUGAAUGACACUCUCCGUUUUAAGUACCAGAAAGGGUCUGAUUCGGUUUUGGUGGUGAAAAAGGAGGAUUACGAUUCGUGCAACACCAAAAAUCCCUUGCAGAAGAUGGAGGAUGGCGAUUCAUCUUUCAUUCUUAAUAGGUCCGGUCCCUUCUACUUCAUCAGUGGCAAAUCUGAGCAUUGCCAGAAGGGUCAAAAACUGAUCGUCGUCGUUAUGGCUGCGAGAGGCAAGCCUCAUCACCAGUCACCUCCUACCCCGGCGCCGGCGCCGGCGCCGGUUGUGGCACCAUCUCCGGCAGCCAAGACACCAACUUCAUCGCCAUCGGCUAGUUCCGGCCCAGGUUUGAGGCUUGCUGGUCCGGUGGUGGGAUUGGCUUCGGGGGUUAGCCUUGGGAUAAGCUUGAUCUUUGGGAGCAUUGGUGGGCUGCUUUAA